AUGUACAAUACUGUGAAACCCAAGGAAGUUAAUCCUCGUUUAAAAGCUGGCCUUUUCUCACAGUUGUUAUUCGUUUGGAUAAUACCUUUGCUUUAUAAAGGCUGUAAAAAUGGCCUAAAAGAAGCUGAUUUACCCCAAUGCCUACCAGAUGAUGAUUCUAAAAUGCUGGGAGACAAAUUGGAAAGAAAUUGGUUAAAAGAAUUAGAAAAGGCCAAUAGAUCAAAGCGAAAACCUAAACUAAGAAAGGCAGUAUGGAAAACAUUUUGGACAUUGGCUGUUACAGAUGGAAUUGUCUGUUUUCUGUACAUAAUGUUGAAGUCUCUAAUUCCUUUGUUUUUGGCACAACUUCUCAUCGAGCUACCGAAAGCCUAUAAAGAUCCCAUUAAUGGUUUCAAUGGGACUAUUGAAAACUCAACCGAUUUCAAUGAUAACAACACCCUAUCGUCUAAAGAAGCGCAUGACAACAAUCAGCUAUGGUUUUGGUAUUAUUUAACAUGGGUAUGGCAUAACCCUUACUGCUUGGGUGGCCUCUUGGUGGGUCUUACAUUUUUCGGUUGCUUUAUGAACCAUCAUGUGGACCAACGACAAAAACGUAUGGGUGCCAAAAUGAGAAUAGCCUGUUGUUCCUUGAUAUUUAGAAAGGCCUCGAAGCUAUCACUGAAAACAGCUGGAGAUAUCUCUGUGGGCCACAUUGUCAAUUUAAUAUCCAAUGAUGUAAAUCGUCUGGACAUCGGUUUUGUUUUUGCCCACUAUCUAUGGAUAUUACCCAUACAAACUGUGCUCAUUGGCUACCUGAUCUGGGUUCGUGUAGGAUAUGCAGCCAUUGUGGGUGUUGUGGCCCUCCUACUGCAAACAAUACCCGUACAACUUAGCCUCAGCAAAUGGACUGCCAGACUUAGGCUACGAAUUGCUGAGCGCACCGAUGAUCGCAUUAGAAAAAUGAACGAAUUGAUUCGUGGAAUACAAGUAAUUAAAAUGUACUCCUGGGAGAAAUCCUUCGAAAAGGAGGUAAAGGAGGCUAGACGUCUGGAAAUCUUGGAGACGCGUCGUGCUGCUUAUUUGCGCAGCUUCUAUUUGAGCAGCAUGAUAUUACCGGAACGUUUAACAUUGUUCAUAACCAUUGUUGCUGCCGUUCAAAUGGGAGCGGUCAUGUCCGCAGAUAUUAUAUUCGCCAUGGCAAAUUUGUACCAUGUAUUUCAAUUGGUUGCUGGAAUAUUUUGUCCCAUGGGUAUAUCCUUUGCAGCAGAGGCCUUUACAUCACUUGAUCGCAUUGAAAAUUUUCUAAUGCACAAGGAGAAGGACGAAACCUCUCUCAGGGAAAGGCCUCAUUCUGAUAAUGCCAUAGAACUUGAGCAUGUCACAGCUUCAUGGAAUACAUGCGUAAGCACCGGCCCAGACACAUCCGUAUCGAUUAAAAUAAGUGAAGAUAAUUUGAAAUUGUUGCAUAUUCGGGAACCAGCUAAAAUAACAUUGUCCGAUAUAAGUUUGAACAUACCUAGGCAGGGUCUAUGUGCUAUUGUUGGACCAGUUGGAGCAGGAAAGAGUUCUAUUUUUCAAGUCAUUUUGAAUGAAUUAGGCUGUGAAAGCGGCAGUGUCAAAAUCGAUGGUGGAAUAUCAUAUGCCUCCCAGGAAUCAUGGCUCUUUCCCGUUUCCGUAAAAAAUAAUAUUAUAUUUGGCGAAGUGGAAGAUUUGGAUCGUUACCAGAAAGUCAUUGAGGCCUGUGCCCUCUCUGAAGAUUUCAAACAAUUGCGUUAUGGCGAUGCCACAUUGGUGGGAGAAGGUGGCGCUUCAUUGUCGGGAGGCCAAAAGGCUCGAGUCAAUUUAGCAAGAGCUGUGUACAACAACAAAGCUUCUAUAUAUCUGUUUGAUGAUCCUUUAAGUGCUGUGGAUGCUCAUGUUGGUCGUGAGAUUUUCAACAAUGUUAUGGGACCUAAUUCUCUGCUGCUGCGUGAUAAGACGCGUAUUUUAAUUACUCAUCAAAUACAAUAUCUAGAUCAGGCGAACUACAUAGUUCUGGUUGAAGAUGGCAAAAUUACAGCAACAGGUAAUUUUGAAGAAAUGAAAGGACUGCUGUCGGAUUGCAACUGGAAGUGUAGUGAUGUUGAUCAUGUAGCCGCCGAAAUGCAUCAAAAUUAUGCACCAGAAGUAGAUGAACAACACGAUGGGCUUACACCGAAUGGAACAACUAAGCCCUUACAAAAUGUCUGUAAUAAAUCGCUAACAGAAUUGAAUACAGAAAUCGAUCAAUUGGAAGCCGAAGACCAGGGUAAAGGCACGGUCAAAGCUUCUGUUUGGUGGGAAUACUUCCAUGCUGGAAACAGUAUUGCUGGCCUAUUGGGCAUUACCAUCAUAUUAAUUGUAUCUCAGGCUAUAUGUAGUGGAGCCGAUUACUUUGUGAAUAUCUACACCAAAAUAAUUUUCAUGGACAGUCUAAAUCAAGAAACUGCAAUAAGCCAAGAUAUAUGUCUUAUCAUUUACAGCGUUCUUAUAGCUGCUGUGGUUAUUAUGAUCAUACUGCGUUGCUAUCUCUUCCUCAAAACGUGUAUGCAUGCAUCCAAAGUUCUUCACGAACGCAUGUUUUCCAGUAUCCUCAAGGCAACUAUGCGCUUCUUCGACACAAAUCCAUCGGGACGAAUUUUAAAUCGUUUUUCCAAAGAUAUGGGCGCCAUGGAUGAAAGCUUGCCGCGUUUCAUGUCAGAAUUUACACACUUGGCUCUGGUCAUGUUGGGUGUACUGGUGGUAAUUUGCAUUGUCAAUCCCGUUGUGUUGGUGGCCGUAUGCAUCGUGGCUCUGGCCGAUUUUAUAAUAAUUAAGUUGUAUUUACGUGCUUCACAAGAUCUCAAGCGGUUGGAAGGUAUACGCCGCAGUCCAGUUUUCUCUCAUGUCUCAGCGUGCUUGAGCGGAUUGUCCACAAUACGUUCGCGCAAUCUCCAACAAACAAUGAUUGAAGAAUUCGAUAAACUUCAAGAUCUCCAUAGUGCCGCAUAUCACCUGACACUGACAUCCAACACCGCCCUAGGUUUGUGGCUGGAUUCUGCCAAUGUUUGUAUACUCCUCAAUUCGGUUACAUUCUCUUUUAUUCUGUUCAAUUAUGGGACGUAUAGUGGAAAUGUAGGUUUGGCAAUAACUCAAGCCAUGAUGUUAACAGGCAUGGUCCAAUAUGGCCUAAGGCAACUGGGUGAAUCGUUCCAACAAAUGACCAGUGUUGAACGAAUCUUGGCCUAUACUAAAUUGGAUAAUGUUGAAAAGAAUGUUAAUAAACUGAAUCCUGAAAAUUGGCCAUCUGCUGGAGAAAUUCACUUCAACGACGUCUCAUUAAAAUACAAAGAGAAUGGCGAACCGAUUUUGAAGAAUUUAAAUUUUGUUGUUUCCCCCACAUGGAAAAUAGGCAUUGUGGGUCGUACCGGAGCUGGAAAAACAUCGUUGAUUUCAGUUUUAUUUCGACUAUAUGAUCUCGAAGGACAUAUCUUUAUUGAUGGCAAAAACUGUGCGGACAUUGACAUACAUACAUUACGUUCCAGAAUUUCGGUUAUACCACAACAACCAGUUUUAUUCAAGGGUACAAUACGUUACAAUCUGGAUCCCUUCAAUCAAUAUGAAGAUAAUGAGAGAGACUUACUAAAAGCAUUAGAAAAGGCUGGCCUUGACAGAUUGAAGUUGGACGAUGAGGUGGCAGAAUCUGGCAAUAAUUUUAGUAUCGGAGAGCGUCAAUUACUCUGCUUGGCACGUGCGAUUUUGCGUAAAAAUAAAAUACUAGUCUUGGACGAAGCCACAGCCAAUGUAGAUGAAAGCACUGAUUCGUUAAUUCAAAAUACAAUUCGCAAUGAAUUCAAAACGUGUACGGUAUUGACUAUUGCCCACCGUUUGAAAACUGUAAUGGAUUCUGAUCGAAUUCUAGUUCUGGAUGCCGGAAGGAAAAUUGAGUACGAUGCCCCACAUAUUUUGUUGCAAAAUCCCCAAGGGCAUUUAAGUCGAAUGGUUGAUGCUACUGGUGAUGGUGCCGAAUCUUUGCGUGCUAUUGCAAAACAAGCUUACAAUAAAUAA